UUUCAGGAUGGCACAUGAUUGGCAGGGAGGUAGAAGUAGGAGUCACCACCGAUAUGAGGAAGAUGUUAAGGAACCCCAGCCAGUGUAUAUUGGUGUUCCGGUAACACACGGUUACAGCAAACGGAGACGCCGUAAACACCGCUCUCAGCGCGAACAAGAGAAACACCACACACACCGCGGCCAACACGCACACCAUGAACACACACGUCACGAACACAUACACCAUGACAAUCACCAUGACUACCAGGAACACUACAAAGAGGAGGAGGAGCAGGAACAACAUGACAUAUUUGACCCUGACUCCACAGUGUCCCCGGCGGCGGAGAGGCUGCGCUACAUCCUGGGUGAAGAUGACGACAUGCCGACGCCCACUCUGUUUACGGAGAUGGACACGCUGCAACACGAUGGAGACGAGAUGGAGUGGAAAGAGUCUGCUAGGUGGGUGAAGUUUGAGGAGAAGGUGGAGGAGGGAGGAGAGAGGUGGAGUAAGCCCCAUGUGUCCACCCUGACCCUCCACAGUCUGUUUGAGCUGAGGACCUGCAUCCAGACUGGCAGUGUACUGCUGGAUCUGGAGGGAUACUCCCUGCCACAGAUAGUGGAUGACAUCGUGGACCGCCAGGUGGCAGACGGUCUGAUUGGUCCAGAACUGAGGGAGAAGGUCAGCUUUGUGUUGCUACGGAAACAUCGCCACCAGCAUAAGAAACCCAUCCACCUCUCGCUAGCCGACAUGGGCAAAUCAAACAAUUCCCCCACCAGCCGUAGUCCCCAGUCUGUUCAUAAUGUCAGUCGUAGUAACGUCAGUCGCUUUCCUAGUUCAGCCUCUGGCCUCCAUCACUCCACAGAGGACUUACGAGCCAAGUCAGGCAGCCUUGGCCGCCUGCAUCCCGCGCAAAGCCGAAGCAUGAACGACAUUUCAGACAAGCCAAGCACAGACCAGAUGAAAAACAAGUUCAUGAAGAAGAUACCUCGUGAUGCCGAGGCGUCCAACGUUCUGAUUGGAGAAGUGGACUUCCUGGAUAAACCAUUUGUAGCUUUCGUACGUCUGGCCCAGGCUACCACACUGGGAGGCCUGACCGAGGUCCCCGUACCUACCAGGUUUCUGUUUGUCUUGCUGGGUCCUCAUGGCAAAGGCAAGUCCUACAACGAGAUUGGCCGAGCUAUCGCCACGCUGAUGGUGGAUGACUUGUUCAGUGACGUUGCGUAUAAAGCCCGGGACAGGGACGACCUGAUCGCGGGGAUUGAUGAGUUUCUGGAUGAGGUCAUCGUUCUGCCCCCAGGGGAGUGGGACCCCAAAAUACGCAUUGAGCCCCCCAAGAAGGUCCCCUCUGCUGACAUGAGGAAGUCUGUGCUGAACCUGAAUGAGCUAGGCCAGGUGAACGGGACCGGGACAGCUGGGGGGCCAGGAGGAGGAGAGGACGAGGAGAUGCCCAUCCCCCACGAACUGGGAGAGGAACUGCAAUUCACUGGCAGGUUCUGUGGAGGCCUGUGGCUGGACAUUAAGAGGAAGGUUCCGUGGAUCCUUAGUGAUUUCUCCCAGGGCUUUCACAUCCAGUCCAUCUCUGCUGUUCUGUUCAUCUACCUGGGCUGCAUCACCAACGCCAUCACCUUCGGAGGCCUGCUGGGAGACGCCACUGACAACUACCAGGGUGUGAUGGAGAGUUUCCUGGGUACAGCGUUAGCAGGUACAGUGUUCUGUCUGUUAGGAGGUCAGCCUCUCAUCAUUCUCAGUUCUACUGGACCCAUCCUCAUCUUCGAGAAACUGCUCUACGAGUUCUGCAAGUCUAACACUAUAGACUACAUGGAGCUGCGUCUGUGGAUUGGUCUCCACUCCUGUCUGCAGUGUCUGAUCCUGGUCGCCACGGACGCCAGUUACAUCAUCAAAUAUAUCACCCGCUUCACCGAGGAGGGCUUCUCCAGCCUCAUCUCCUUCAUCUUCAUCUCGGACGCCAUCAAGAAGAUGGUGGGCUCCUUUAAGUACUACCCCAUCAACCGUGUCUUCAAGCCCGACUACGUUACCACAUACAGGUGUGAAUGUAUCGCACCUGACCAGGCUGCCGCGAUGGCUUUUAACGUUUCAGUUCCACUCGCGGACGAUAAUAUGACUGAUUUGUAUAACAUAACAGGUCUGGACUGGAGUCAGCUGAGUAAGAAGGAGUGUGUGAAGUAUGGCGGCGCCCUGCUGGGGAACGCGUGUAAGUACGUCCCAGACCUGGCCCUCAUAUCUUUUAUCCUGUUCUUCGGCACCUACUCCAUGACCGUCUCCCUCAAGAAGUUCAAGACUAGCCGCUACUUCCCCACCAAGCUGAGGAAACUGAUCAGUGAUUUCUCCAUCUUCAUGUCAAUCAUGACGUUUGUGGGUCUGGAUAUGCUUGUAGGGCUGGACACGCCCAAACUAAUUGUACCCACAGAGUUUCAGCCGACGCGUCCAGACCGUGGCUGGGUGGUGAUGCCGUUUGGUAAGAACCCGUGGUGGGUGUAUGUGGCCAGCGCCGUCCCUGCUCUCCUGGUCACCAUCCUCAUCUUCAUGGACCAACAGAUCAGCGCCGUCAUCGUCAACCGCAAAGAGAACAAACUCAAGAAAGGUUGUGGGUACCAUCUGGACCUGUUCUGGGUGGGUAUUCUGAUGGCAGUGUGUUCCUUCCUGGGCCUGCCCUGGUACGUGGCUGCAACUGUCAUCUCCAUCGCCCACAUCGACUCUCUGAAGAUGGAGAGUGAGUCCAGUGCCCCAGGAGAGCAGCCCCAGUUCCUGGGAGUCAGGGAGCAGAGGUUGACGGGUAUUCUGGUGUUUGUCUUAACUGGAGUUUCCAUCUUCCUAGCUCCUGUCCUUCAGUACAUCCCCAUGCCUGUUCUCUACGGUGUCUUCCUCUACAUGGGAGUAGCCUCACUCGCAGGAAUACAGUUCUGGGAGCGUAUCAAGCUGUACCUGAUGCCAGCCAAGCACCAGCCAGACUUCUCCUUCCUGCGUCACGUUCCUCUGAGGAGAGUCCAUCUCUUCACCCUGGUCCAGAUUAUCUGUCUGGCUGUCCUCUGGACCCUCAAGUCUACCGUAGCGGCCAUCAUCUUCCCUGUCAUGAUCCUGGGUCUGAUGGUGGUGCGUAAGAUGAUGGACCUGAUGUUCUCUCAACACGACCUGGCCUGGCUGGAUGACAUCCUGCCGGAGAAAGAAAAGAAGAAGGAGAAGGAUGGGAAGAAAAAGAAAGACCACAAAAGGACCAAAGCAGCAGAGCCGGAGAGCGACGAGGAGCCCAAGAGUCCCCUCCCUCCUCCAGUGAAGAUACCCAUGGACACCAUAGACCUGCCUUCAGCACCUGACCCCUCUGUAACCCCACCCACCCAGCCCCCCGUCUGACUGUGAGUAAACCUCUCUUGAGGGACCCAAUGAAUGUGGACUGUUGUAUGUAUUACUGUGAUGUCAUUAUUGUGCGACAGAUAGAGCACAUAAUACUGUGAUGUUACUGAUGUAUGUUAUGAGACACUGAAGGUUUUAUAUAUAUUUUUGUCCUCCCUCACCAAUUCUUACCUCUGCCAUUCAACCGUGUGUGUGUGUGUGUGUGUGUGUGUGUGUGUGUGUGUGUGUACAGGAGAAAAACGUUUACACUAGUGUAAAUCCAGAUGGAAGUCACCGGAUGCAUCCCCCCGGCCCUGACGCACACACACCGACUGGGGACUACACUGCCAGAAUGUCCACACUUAUGACUACUGACACACACAUGUAAAAACACACACACACUUACUACUGCCAGCUAGACUACUGACAACUACUGUAUAAUCCCACGCACAGCUAAUAACUAUUAGCAAACAUCCAUUUACUAUUAGCAUUCUUUACCACUGUUUUUACUUAAAAAAAACGUAAUACACAUUAAAUUUCAGAUAAAUGUAUACAAAUAUUCUAUAAAAUGUAGAUAUGAUGUGAUGUUUAACAUGUAAACAAAUGUCUAUUACAUUCAGCUGGAUAGUAGUUAGUUAUUAUACUUUUAAAUAUUGUACAAAUCACAGUACGGUCUGGGAGACAUACCCAGACACAUGAAUCACACGCCGCUCUGAACCAUAAGUCUACUGUCCGAGGCUGUUGGAGCAUAGAUCGCGGUGUGUGGACUGAGGUUUCUUUUCCCUCAACAUAUUCUCUGAUCUCCAGCGCCUGCUUAAAACCACUGGAUGCUGUGUGUGUUUUUUCCUGCGCUAUCCUUUGGCCCUACUGUAGUUUGUGAGGGCCGACUGACAGUCGUUUAGAUACCAGAGCCCAUGCACCUGAAACCAAUGCAGAAGUCGUUUUUUGUGUGUGUUUGUUUUGAUGAUGUCUCCCGUGUGUAAUUUAUUCACUGUGUGCCAUGUGGUUUGUAGCAGGAACCUCUUGUACUAAUGUAACGACGACUCUGAAGGCACAGUUAGCAAAGGAUGGGCUAUAAUGUGACGGUAACCCAAUAUUAUAAUGCAGUGUUAUUCUGCAAAUUGACCACAAGAAGCCAUCAGAUUGCUAUCAAUUUGCAUGCCCCCAGACCACUGUCUUUUUCCACUGGCACUGACUUUGCCGAUAAAUACUUUGUUGAGGGAAAAUGUACUUGAUACCAUUGUGAUGUGUUGUUAUCUCACCUACAGUAGUUAUCUUAAGAUGAACGAACUAAGUGUGAAACUAUGUUUGUGCGUGCUCGUGAGACUGUGAUUGUGUGAGCUCAUGAGGGUGAGAGCGUUUGUGUGUGUAACCUGGGCUUGUUGCACCUGAAUGUGCCUCCCUCAGAGUCCCCCCCCCCCCCCCCCCCCACACACACACAACCCUCACCCCACCAGCUGAAUCCCAGGUGAGCCUUACCUACGGAUCCUCAUCACGCCCUCCUGUUCCCCCGUUCGCCAUCCAGGUAGAGUCUGAGGAGACUGUCCUCUAUUCAAGGUGCCACAACCUUUGCCCCCGCAUUAACCUCUGUCCUCCAAAUGGAUGCUAUCUGACCUCUAAGACUCAACGAGGCCCGCAACAAUACAAACACUCACACUCUUGUCGCUAUUACUUAGGCAACUAAAUUGUACUGUAGGUUGACAGCACAUACAGUGGGGAGAACAAGUAUUUGAUACACUGCCGAUUUUGAAGGUUUUCCUACUUACAAAGCAUGUAGAGGUCUGUAAUUUUUAUCAUAGGUACACUUCAACUGUGAGAGACGGAAUCUAAAACAAAAAUCCAGAAAAUCACAUUGUAUGAUUUUUAAGUAAUUAAUUAGCAUUUUAUUGCAUGACAUAAGUAUUUCAUCACCUACCAACCAGUAAGAAUUCCGGCUCUCACAGACCUGUUAGUUUUUCUUUAAGAAUCCCUCCUGUUCUCCACUCAUUACCUGUAUUAACUGCACCUGUUUGAAUUCAUUACCUGUAUAAAAGACACCUGUCCACACACUCAAUCAAACAGACUCCAACCUCUCCACAAUGGCCUCUGCGAAUGAAAUGAAACUUAAUUACUUAAAAAUCAUACAAUGUGAUUUUCUGGAUUUUUGUUUUAGAUUCCGUCUCAAUUCUAUGGCAACAGCUCUGGUGGACAUUCCUGCAGUCAGCAUGACAAUUGCACGCUCUGUGGCAGUGUGUUGUGUGAUUAAACUGCACAUUUUAGAGUGGCCUUUUAUUGUCCCCAGCACAAGGUUAAUCUGUGUAAUGAUCAUGCUCUUUUGUCAGCUUCUUGAUAUGCCACACCUGUCAAGUUGAUGGAUUAUCUUGGCAAAGGAGAAAUGCUCACCCUAACAGCAUAACAGCAUCUAACAUCCGUAAACUAAUUUGUGCACAACAUUUUUUACAUGUUUUUUUUGUGUGGAUGGAACAUUUCUGGGAUAUUUUAUUUCAGCUCAUGAAGCGUUGGACAAACAAUUUACAUGUUGCAUUUACAUUUUUGUUCUGUGUGUGUGUGUGUGUUUCUCUGUCUCUCUCACUCUCUUUUUUAUAUAUAAAUGUAUUAUAAUAAUAAUGUUUUGGACAUAAAAUUAAAAGUACAUUUAAAAAAUCAUCUGAAAGUGAUGUUAAUUUAGAUAAUCUGUUACCAAUUAUUCCCACGCAUAAAUAGAGGCAUAUGUGAUCGUAUCUCAAUGUAAUCAAGGUUUGAAAUGAUUCUGUUUUUGUCAAAUACUGUAUCUGUUUGAGCUUCUUGCGGUCAAUUUUCAGUGUACAAAUUAUGUAUAACUAUGUUCAACUACGUUCAAGAAAAAAUCGAAUCGCGGCUGAAUGUAAUUUGGAACCCCUGGUUUAUAGCAUUUAUUCGUGUUUUGUGUUCAGUGCAUUCACCUUUAUGAGUGUAUGUGUAUACAUUUCAGAGUAUAUUUACUUUGUAUUGUAAAGAUUUACAAACACGUGUUAAUAAAAUGGUAUGCAAAUA